ACGUUCGCCGAAGCGGAUAUCCAACCAGGUUACGAGCGGAGUUUCGUUGGACGGUUUCGCGCGCGGUUUUUCUGAAGCGGUUGGGCAAAAAGGAUUUGGCACUGGCUUUGUCGGGGUUUUUUUUGCCUUUCUUCUCACCCGAGGGGGCAUGUGAAGGAAUGCAAUUCGGCGACCUUUUGCGAUAAGGUUUGGUGUGUGUGAUCAUUUGUGGGUGGAAUUUUUAUUGCCGAAAAGUGCAUUCGGUUUAUAGUCGCUGCUGGAUGGUUUUGGUCCAAAUUCAUGGGAAUAUUUUUGCGGCUAUGGUUCUGCCCUUCAGAUUGGCUUUUGCGAGUUAAGCUGGAUUAGUGGGGUUUUGCGGUGUCGGGUGUGUUUGUGAAACGCAUUUCCAUGCAGGCUUGAAAGUGCAUUUGAUGGAAAGUGGAUCCUCAUGUUGAGCACGGUAGUGGAAGCGAAAAUAAAUAAAAAUCAAUUAACAAUCCAAUAUUAAAAAGUCACAUACCCAUAACAACAGUGGCUGACCCGGCUCGCCUACGUGUUGUUCCGCCUGGGUGUAUCGGAUCUGGCCAGCCAGGUUUGUGUGCAUGUGUGUCGGUGGGUUUUCCGUAGGCUGGCCGUUUGCUAACAGGCACAGUGAUGACCCGGUUCCGUAAAGCUCCUCAACAACCCGAUUGCUGGAAGGUUUGUGGUGGCACUUCGUGACGUUAAAGGUAUUUCAAGCCAAUCGAAGGCAGGGAAAAUUGUGGCACCCGAUGACGACGUGCUGAAUGAGUCUACACAAUAAAAGUACAACAAUGCCGCUUCAAUGGUGAAACCAUAAAAGUUUUGCCAGUGUGUGGAACCGAUACUGGAACAACGCUAAACAAAUGUAUGCGGGUUAAGGUGGCAAAUUUACCACGGAAAGGAAUACCAAAAUAAUAUAUAUUACCUGCGUGCUUAAGCCGAGGUGGGCGCUGAAUAUAGUUCGCUUUUAUGUGGUAAUUGUGACCUAAUCAAAUGUGAAAAUGUGUUCCCGUGUUUUUUGAGCAACAAAGUAAACAGUGAGAUUAGUGUGAAUUGUAAAACCAUCAACCAAAUUUAUAACCGGAGUACUAGAUUUCCCAAACCAUAUACUGUGUUUUCCUUCGCAACGCCUACUUCACUUCAACACACCAGCGACAUACGAAAAAACACAGGAAAAUAAUUCUUGGUGAAGCAACUCAACUCAAUUCAAUGGAACGGAGAAGGCAAAACAGCAUAUUUAAGCCAAAGAUUUCGGCGUGUGCUCAUCCUGACAAAAAUUCAACCAAAAUUAAAGGGCUUCCAGUCGGACGAUCGCGAUAAAAAAUUAGCACUGAAAAGCGAAUUUUGCACCGAUAAAAGACGUUCGAAUUCAUAGUCAUUUCAUCCAGCAUAAAACACGACAGACUUCUUCCACCCACGCGUGCUGACAGAGGGAAGCCGAGAUAUUAACCGAGAGUGAGGCCAACAAAAAAAAAAAAGUUCUCCACUUUAGAAGUGGAACAAAUCCCCAAAAGUGUGGCCUGCAGCUAAACCGAUGUCACCCGGUGGACCGGUUCCAACGGAAUCUAGAAUCAGCCGGCGGAAAUCUUCCUGCUCGGAUGAGAAGCACCACUAUUGGUCUGAUGAUCUGAUGCGAUUAUGAAAUGCUUAAUCCGACUAUCUUCUCUUUUGUCGGUGUUUAGUCUCAAAGGAUUCGACGAACGGGACCAAAUGAUUGCAGAGACUGAGACCGAGACGGUGUUUCCGGCACUUUAAUUGUCGCCUGUGCCCAACUUUUGUCCAGUGUAGUGUGCUUUUCCCUUUUCCAUUAUUCGGAGAAAUAUCCAACAAGAGCAAUCCGACAGAUCUGACGAAACACUGUCAUUCAAGACAAGCAAACAAUUGCCGACAGCUUCUGGAUAGUCUUAUAUUCAUGUAUAGGGCUAACUAAAACCAUACAUGUGCUAAUCUGGGUAUUAGUCAGAUGGAACAUUGAGGUUUUUCUAGCCGGAAUUUUCUCAAUGACACUGCGGUUGGACUCGUGGCUGCAAUGAGUGGUAAAAGUGGGGAAAUUAAAUCAUAUUCUCUCGCUCUUCCUAAAAGGCAAAAACUGGAAUGUUCGCAAUGUUGAACGAUUUUUUUUGGUUGCCUAUCGCUUUGACCGGGCAGCGUAGCGUUGGUUGAAAAGAUUCAGAGCCAGAAAAAAAUCAAACAAAACGGUUAAGGUAGCCGAGUGGAAAAAUAACCAUUUGCUGCACUGUGGCCAAGGAAGAACGCUGAAAAAAAAAUCUAGCAAAUUUAGCGUAGUGCGAAUAAGAAAGAGUGUAGCUUUUAAAAAUUAAUUUAGCGCAAAUCGUGGUUGAUUUUUACUACUUUGCGAAGAAAAAAAAAUUGAAAAGCCAAGUGUAGUGGUACCAUUAUUCUACGAGAAUAAAAUAUGCAGAAAGGAAUCUCCUCUACGAAGAUGAUGGCGACCCGGAUUCUAGACCAACCAUUAGCGGUGCUCGUGCUGGUGGUUUUAUUUGCCAGUGGAGUCUCCUGUUCCCAGAUCGAUUGGGCUGAGGAUGAUGAUGAUCCAGUAUCGACAACUACGGUAGAAGCAGUGCUCGGGCGGACGGCAACACUGCCAUGUGACAUUACACCGGAAGAAGCCAAUGAUCGCGUCUACAUGGUCCUGUGGUUUCGAGAAAGUGCCGGCAAGCCACUAUACAGCUAUGACGUUCGAGGGAGACAAUAUUCAAAGGCACUCUACUGGUCGGAAACGACAGCGUUCGGACCACGGGCAUACUUUGUGACCGUAUCGAAACCGGCCGCCCUCACCGUCGACAACAUCCAGCUCGAUGACGAAGGAGUCUACCGAUGUCGAGUCGAUUUCCAAAACUCACCAACACGAAACCACCGGAUAAACCUCACCGUAACAGUCCCUCCCCAUCAAAUACUAGUGUACGACGCUUCCGGAAGAGACGUGGCUGGUGCGAUUGGCCCUUUACAGGAGGAUGACAAUUUGGUGCUAACGUGUGAAGUCCGAGGCGGUCGACCGGAACCAACCGUGACGUGGCUCAAUGGGGACGAAGUGAUGCAGACCGGGGGCGGAGUGUCGAUGGGCCGCCAUGUGACUGUGAAUCGCCUCGAGAUACACAAAAUAUCGCGCGCUGCCCUCAACAACACGUACAAAUGCCAGGCGUCCAACACCGUUCUUGUUCCGCCGGCCGAGAGAUCCGUUCGGGUAGAGAUGCUGCUAAAACCGGUAUCAACGGCUCUGUCGUCAAAACCCAAGCAAUUAAUAUCAGAGCAGGAGUACAGCUUAUCUUGUGAAGUGGAAGGAUCAGUGCCAAAUACCAAGAUCUCAUGGAUGCAGAACAACCGACCCUUCGACAAAGGAGAAGAUAAAAUCACCUCCAACGGUUCACUGGUGACGUCAACGUUAACCUUUCGCCCCCAGCCGGAAGACGAUGGAACUAUCCUUAAGUGUGAGGGUUCCAAUCCAAGGUUGCAGAACUCGGUGCUGGAAGAUUCGGUGAUCAUGAAUGUUAUGUAUCCGCCCCAAGUGACGCUGUCCCUGGGAUCAACGCUUAAUCCGGAUGACAUCAAGGAAGGGGACGACGUCUACUUCGAGUGUCACAUUAAGGCAAAUCCGAGGGAGCACCGAAUUACAUGGUCUCACGAUGGUCUCCCGGUGACACAGAACGUCACAUCGGGCGUGAUUAUUUCGACGCGUUCCCUGGUGUUGCAACGGGUUGGCCGAUAUCACUCUGGGAUGUACGCCUGUUCUGCCGCCAACGACCGGGGAGAGACCCAAAGUGACGCCGUGGCACUCAGGAUACACUUGAAACAAAUCGGUCGGUUUUUUUUCUUGACCACCAUUGGAACGCUCAAUGGGAUUAACACAAGUAUUUAA